AUGAUGAUUUUUCUGAUUUUUCUAAUAUUUCAAAUAAAUUGUCAAGACUUCAUUGAUUACAAUUCACCAAAACUUCUGAAUUAUUUGAAUGUUUGGAAAAAUUCUGAAGGAAAAAUUCAAUUUUCAAUUUCUGAUUGGUUUUGUAAUGAAAAAGCGUCUUAUUCGGAAAUUUUGGAGAGUUGUUCGAGUUUUGCAGGUGAGCUUUAAGAUUUGGGAGAUUUUUUGAAAAUUUCGAAUUUAUAAAACUGAAAAUCUAGAAGCUAAAACGCUUUUCAAAACAUUUAGAACUAAAAAUUGCUUUUUCAGCUUCUCUGAACCAUUGCUGCGCAAAAUUUCAAGAUUGCUCAGGUCAAGCUCAACUCCAAAUUCCAACCGAAAAACCUGAUCUAGACAAAUAUCACUAUAAUUAUUAUGAAAAUCUUCCGCCACCUAUAACUCAAGAACUUUGCCAAUCAAAAUUCGAAAACUGUACAAAACUAGCAAUUCGAAUUCCAACUCCAGAAACUCUGAAAUGCCGUGACAAAUUGUAUUCGGAAAUUGGGGGAACUUCCAAAUUUCUACCGUAUUCUUUGCCAAAUGGGAAGUUAGAGGAAGUCAACAAAAAUGCACCGGAAUCGAUAAAAAAUGCCUCGCUCAAAGUUGAAUUUGAGAAUAUUUAUGAUAAAUGUCCAGGGAGAACUGGUGGGUUUUUUCUAACAUGAGCAAUACUUUCCCCAAUUAUAGAAUCAAAAUAUCACUUGAAAAACUGAAAAAUAGGUGACUAUUUAACCUGAGCAAUGUUAUAUUUUCCUUUAGAAUAAAUUGGAUAGAAAAUAACCUAACAUCUCUAACAUGAGCAAUUCUAUUCGAUUUUCAGAAAAUCUCAAGUUCAUCUAUAUAAUCUGAGCAAUCCCUUUUUCCAGCCACAAUCUCCUCGUGCUCUCAAAACUUCGAACUUUGUUUCAAAGUUUUUCCAAUCAACAUCUGUGUUCUAGAUUUUUGUGAUUGUCUUCUGGAUUAUGUUCAAAAUAACUUUUCGAAAAAUAAAUUCGAAAAUUGCUUUAAAAACAACUCAAAAAUUUUGCCAAAAUUUGAUUGAAUGUGAGUUUUCCGAAACAUAUUUUGUGAAUUUCUCAAUGUUGAAAAAAAUUAAUUUUAGAUUCUGACCAAACUUUGGCUGCAGAUGCGAGAUUCAUAGUUCAAAUCAAAAUCAUCGGAUUCCUGGUGCUGGUUUUUGGUGCUUCUCUGAGAAUUUGUGUGCUUUUAUGGAGAAGAUUUGAAAUUUUAGAGGAGGAAUUUUUCAAAAUUGAAGAAGAUGAAGAGGAGAAUAACAACGAAGCCAAUGAAAACUGA